UUACAAUUCCUAUGCGUCCACCCUACCAGGCACUAGCUUUCAAAUAUCACUUCAUUAGAGCCGUAGACAAAAAAAAAUAUAAAUUUGGCUUUGUUCAGUACUAGCCUAGGCGUAGUACAGUGCUAACAAUGGCGAUAACCACAACGUGCAUUUGAAGUUAGUACAGAAGUUGACACAUUGCAGGAAAAAUCAGCUGGUGUUCUUUUGUUGAGGCGCGACUUCCUGUAUUCUACUGUUCUAGUCUAGCUCUGCUGCUUUUGUCAGUGUGGGGGUCUUGCAUGUUUUGCAAGACACAUUUCCAAUGAGCCAUGGCGACAGCCCUGUAUGUUCUUGUUGUUACCCUUGUGUCCCUUGCAGUGACUCCUGUUGUAUUUGCUCGUGAAUGCGAUGGUUAUAAGGAUAUACACGGCAUAUACCAAUCCAGCCGACAAUGUGGCGUACAGUUCUGUUGUGGCACCUGUUACAACAGAUACUGCUGUUCAAGCGCCUUCUUUGAAUUCGAUGACGACAAGUGCUCUAGCUUCUAUUCUGAUAGCGAUGUCAACACUGCGGCAAUUGCGGGCGGUGUAGGAGUUACCAUCUUUUUGAUCAGCCUCUUCAUCUGCUGCUGUGUGUGCCCCUGCUGCUGUCUGUACAAAAUGUGCAGAAGCCCCAGACCGGUUGUAGCAACCACAACCCACACUGUGAUCAACACAACAUAUCCCCAGCAGCCCACUGCUGCACCCAACCAAGGCUACCAAGCAACUCAUUAUUCAGGAUACCAGCCAAUGCCAGUUCAGCAAAGCUACGGGGGCCAGCCAAUACAACCAGCAUAUGGGGGCCAGCCAAUGCAACCAGCAUAUGGGGGCCAGCCCAUGCAACCAGGGUAUGGGGGCCAGCCCAUGCAACCAGGGUAUGGGGGCCAGCCCAUGCAACCAGGGUAUGGGGGCCAGCCUAUGCCCACUGCUCCCCACCAGGGGCAGCCCUGUAUGCCAGGACCACCUCCACCUUACCAAGAACCUGGUACUGGGUUCCCAGCUGCAAUGCCUUAUAGUCAGGCAGCGUUUGCACCAGGACAAACGCCCUACCCCCUUCAACCCCCUGCCCAGCCAGGCCAGUUGCCCCCACAGCCAGACCAUCACUCCAGCCAGCCGGCCUACAACCCUGCGUACGUGGAGCCUCAGCCACCAAAAACGGGCUAUUAAACCACAAGGGGGGGGGGGGUGUUCAGGAAGUUAGGACGAUGACAGCAUUGGAUAGAAAUUGUUAAGUGUAGAGUAGACAUGAGCAAUUAUGUACCUUGACAUUGUGUGUGAAAGAUCUGACCUGCUGUACAUUUCUUUCUGAAUGUUGUGUAACGUUGCAGCUUUCUGACCAGACCUGAGCCCAGCCCCCUUAAAUGUGUAAUGCAUUGUGGGAUAGAAACAUUUGAUCAUUAGUCCAUUCACAAAUGCAGUGGGAACAUUUCCACCAGUGAAUGUGAACUGAACUCUUCAGUGGCACUGAAUUCUAUAUACUAUUGUUACCAUGGUUGCAAAAAGAAUAACACCCAGUAUUGAGUUAUGACAGAUUCUUAUAUAUAAUGUAUUCCUACAAAAAAAAAAGAAAUUGUGUUCAUGAAGUGACUACCACAGCGUUGUCCAUGCACUAGUUUUUAUACGCCAAUUGGAUUUUUUCAUUUAAUGUACUAGCUAUUAUCAAAAGAAAUGCCAACAUUCUAAACUAUCACUGGCCUGCCAGUCCCAAUUUAAUAUAAUCAUCUCAUGCUCAUAUUUAUCAGGUAUGACAGUUCCGGGCCUUUGCAUCAUCAUUAAUGGAAAGGGAUGUUGCUGAUACUAGCCAUAAGUGAAUGUACUCUGUUCACACCUCAAAGAACUAUCUGUGUGGAUUUCAGUAUAUGUCCUGGCCAGUAUAGAAUUAGAAACUUAGUGCAACAGUUGUGCCUUCUUAAUUGGAAAUAUUUUUAACCGAAAUUAUAAUGAAAUGUGAAACUUUUAAUCUUGUUUGUUUUUUGUAUUGUUUUUUUUAUCAAGGAUUCAGUGAUAUUGCUUGUUUAGUUUUUAUGCAAAAUGAAAAAUAUUGAAAAUGCCUUUGGGUUUCUUUGCGGUCAAGUAUUCAAGAAAAGGAGGGAAUCUAGAAAAAAAGAAAGUGAUUGUCUUUAUUUCACGUUACAGGGUUUAGCUGGACAGUUGUUGGAUUGGCCCUCAUGUCUCCUUUUCUUCCUGCCUUUUUAUUGGUCUUGUGCUUUUUGUAAAGGUGAAACAGAUGUGUAAACAUUUUCAAGUGUAACCUGCAGUUCAUGCCUUCAGAACCUUUUGAAAAAAGUUACCUCAUCACUUGUUGCUUAUGCUACUCGGACACGUCUGUCUCAGUAACUGGUGGAUUCUGUGCUGGCCUUACCUAUGACAUCUGUUCACUGAUGUGAAUUAUGCAUUGAUGUCUAGAUUUUCAUGUUUGUUUUUCCACUCACAAACCCCCCUGUGGCAUGUCAUUGUCUCACAUGUUUGUGGGUAAUAUACACACUUUAUUUUUGAAUCUAUAAAAGUAUGUAUACUUGUUGUCUGGACAAGGCCACAAUGUCCUAGUAAAUAAAAUGUUUCAUCACUG